GUCCAAACAGCGGCACUCGUGGAAAAUGCAACUGGCACGGGAUCGGACGCGGGACUUGGUGUCGCGCUGCUUCGUGGAUGUGUUGGGCCACCGCGUGUCUGCCAUUUACGCCCCCAAUGUCGUCAACACGAUGCGGGGAAAGUGGAAGGCGUCCAAGGAGUAUACACCCAUUGACACGGAGACGGCUCGGCUGUGGGGUGAGUACAUGUCUGGAGCGUCGAUGUUGAGCUCGUUCUUCAAGGGCGAGGAGCGCGUCGCGAUGCGAUUGCACACGAAGAAGCUCGAUGGAUACGUCGAGUCCAUGAGUGUUGGUGAAGUCCGAGGGUACAUGCAUGAGAUUGUCGACCCUGGCGCCACGGACGUGUUUGAAGUGAACAAAGUGCUGUACGGCGCCACCGCGCCUUACAAGACGGUGUUGGCAGCAUCUGGGAACGCGACACAGGACUGGCAGACGUUCUACGAUCUGUCGGAGCAAACGCCCACGCUCGUGAAGCUCGAGACAACCGCGACGAACGACGAUGCCGUCGUGUGCUGUGGGGUGACCAUCCAGGAAAUGCCCAAUGCCACCGUCCCGCUGCUGGACCGGCGUGACUUGUUCGAUCAGUCCGUGAUGAUGGACGUGGUCCAAGCAGAGGGCAUGCUAGCGUACUUGAGCUCACUCUUCCCCGAAGUGAACCUGACCAAGGAGCACGUGAAGCGCGUGCCCGUGGACUAUUACUGCCGUUGCAACAAGGAAAAGUUUGUACAAAAGCUGUUUUCGGUGCCCCCAAGCGACUUGUCGUCGCUUGCAAACGAAGGCGGGGUGCUCUUGUCGUGUAGCUAUUGCAACGCAGGGUACUUUGUCACAGCGCCAGAGCUCGAACAGGUCCUACUAGACAAGCACCAGCAACAGCCCUAAGCUCUAAAGUACUAUUAGUAGUUCGCAGUUUC